GGGCAAUUGGGCAUUUGGAAAUUGGAAUUAGGCAUUCUUACUUUUCUGUGUCUCAAAGCAAAAUAAAAGUUUGAACAUUGUUGUGAAAGUUAGAAAGUGAAUAAACAAGAGACAAAUGGAUUCAUCGAACCUGGUUCAAUCCCUGAGGACGAGCAGCACCGACAAGGUAGCAGCAACCAGGUUGUUUCUGCCUCGCGUCCUGAUCGUCCUCCAACUAAGAGUUCUUUAGAGAAAUACUCGCCUUUGGAUUGGUCGGGCUAUUUUGAUCGAGGGAAGAUGUUUGCAUACCAGACUCAAAUAAUGUCUUUCAUUUAUUUAUGGCAGGAACAGAAGGACCGGUUGUUUUUUUGUCUACAUGGGGUGGCUACUCUGGGCUCUCGUUUGCACUGUCAGCUAGUAAAAUUAAAGAGAAAGCUAGAGUAGUUGCCAUGGACCUCAGAGGACAUGGAAAAUCAACCUCAGAAAAUGAUCUUGAUCUAUCUAUUGAGACUAUGUGCAAUGAUGAUUUUGCUGUUCUGAAGGCACUGUAUGGAGAUUCUCCUCCUGCAAUUGUGCUUGUUGGCCACAGAAUGAAGAGGUUUCUAGAUUGUUUCUUGGAAAUGUUAGCUUUUGUCAAUUAAUUCAGAAAUCUGAAU